AGGACCGUGAUGCUAUAUGGGUAGUAAAGAAGAUGGCGGCUUGGGUUGGUGUUUUCAAUGUUAUUGUUUUUCUUCUUUGUCGGAUCAGUAGUGGCCCAGCUCAGGAGAUUCCUCUAGCGGACACAUUUAUUAACCCAACCUUCCAAGUGGCACAAUACCUAUGGGAAGGAAAAUCUACAAGGAUAGUGAAAGAACUUGAGAAAGUCCUCAAGCCCUCCUAUAUUUUAGCCACCCCUCAGCAUUCUCUUUUUAUUUCAAGCUUUAUGAUUGACCAGGUCUUGUAUGUGGUUGACACCAGACAGUCUAACAGCCCAGCUGUGACCUUUGCCUCAGGGCAUGGUUUGGAUGGACCAUGGGGAAUGGUAGCAGAUAACUCUACUUUGUUUGUGGCAAGUUUUACCACAGAUCGCAUCCACAAAUAUGACAUCUCAUCUGGAAGGUUUCUUGGUGCGUUUGGAAGUGAGCAGCACCUUGAUUGCCCUGAGGGGAUGGCUCUUGGGCCAAAUCACACCCUGUACGUCGCAAGCUUUCUUAAUGACAGGGUUGUCAAGUACAGCUUGGGUGGACAAUUCCUCGGUGUUGUGGCAGAUGCAUCAAGUGGCCUCAAAGGACCAGAAGAUGUUGCAUUUCUCCCAGAUGGCACUUUGCUUAUUUGUAGCCACUAUACAAACAAUGUACUCAAGCUCAAUACAUCUACCAAUAAGUUAAUUGGAGUGUUUGCAGAGGUACAGAAACCUGUUGGACUCACAGUUGGGCUAGAUGGAAAUGUGUAUGUUACCAGUUAUGUGACCAAUAGUAUCCUUAGAUACAGCGGAAAGACAGGGAAGUUCAUUGAUGUUUAUGCUGCUGGUGGAGGGUUGACCGGGCCCUCAAGUGUCAGUUUUGCAGAUUUUCGUACCCUCUAUGCAGCAAGCUAUGACAGCGACAGGGUGAUGUUGUACAACAGCACCUCAGGACUCACCUUCACUCUUCCUGGCAGACUGAGGGAGCAAGUGGGAGAAGGGUCAUUUGCAAGGGAACCUGAGAAAAGCUGAAAAAAUACCAUUACAAAGAUUAUAACCAUCAUUUCAUGAUUUUUAUCGAACAUUUAUUAGCUGGUUAAAAAGAGACAUUUGCACUUUUACUAGACAUGUCUAAAUUAUGGUUAUAUUAAGAAACAGGUGAACAAGUUUGAAGGUUGUAUAUUUAUUCUCCCAUUAAUUAUUAUCUAUGUACAAUUCUUUACAGUACUGUUAUAGCCUCAAUUACUUCUAAUAAGUAUACAAUAAUAGAAAGACCAAUGUCUUUUGAACUUUAUAAUACAUAAACUGUCUUAUUUGAAACCCACAAGUAACCAAAAUUCCCCGAACCAGAAUUGUGCUUUAUCACCUGAUAUUAUAUUUGUAACUGAUUAUUUGCUAUAUUUAGCAAUUCUAAAUUCUAACACCAUCAACCAAAGCUGUUGAAUGACCCUUCCUAGAAAAUAAUCACUCAAGCACAAAAAUCCUUGAAAAUCAAGCACUCAAACUUGAAAUUUUGUUAUUGCCUCCACUGGGCCAUAUUUAUGGCAUUAAAAAUUGCCAGAAUUUGUCAAGAACCAGGCCACAUUCCCUUAUCUUAUAAUAUCAUUACUUAAUAUUUACUCAAAAUGACAAGGGGGACAUAUGUAUGGAAUGUCUGUUCCAAACAAAUACACCCAAGAUAAACAUUCCACACACAUUUUAAUAGUCAUGCUGUAAACUGAAAAAAAUAUUGGCCCUCUUUAGUAAAUUUAUACUGAUACAGUAAUAAUGUACAUAUAGUUCUAACCAUGUUAAAACUAAGAAAAUAUAGAUCUUUUGAAGGUUUUCAUAUUUCCCCAUCCUUGUAUCAUGUUAUUUUAUUAUUUGUACUUGCACUCCAAAAAUAACUUUUUUUUUAAUUAAAUUGUCUGUUAUCCAUACUUUUUGUUAACAGUUUACUAAUUGUCUGUUUUCUUUUAAUUAAGUGUUAUAUUUAAUGUCACUUAUAUAUCAUAACAUAUAACAACCUAUAAUUACUUUAUUUUGAUAAUGUAGGUCUGUUAAAACAACUCUUAUAAUAUGUGCCCCAUUCAUAUAUACAGUUUUUGGUGUAAUAUUGCGAUAGAAAUACUGAAAUGGACAAAAAAUAUCUUUUUAUGUGAAAAUAGAUGCCUUCCCUUAAAAUUUUGUAAACAAGUUUUUGUUUCAAAAUUCAAUAAACAAUUGUUUCUUUUGCCUCA